UGGCGACGAUACUGGUCCCUCGGCAAGUGUGGCGGCGUUUUUGUGGAAGCCAUGGAGUCUGCGCAGCCCGAGAUCAUGGACUAUCAUUUCGUGCUCGAAGAAAGAGCGCUGAGGCCCGCCACUACAGUUCCAAGAAGAGUAAUAAAAGAAGGCAAGGAAAUCCAAGCGGCCGUGCCGGACCUAGCGACCGAAGCGCUCAAAAAGAAGAAGCUCUAAAAAGCGAACUUGAGUUGAAGAGCAUCAAAUCUGAGCUAAAUCUGAGCGACCACACUCAGAUCAUCAAGUAUGAGCCGAAUGUCAAACACAUGGGCGUGUAAAGUUGAAGGGUCAAUAAAAAUGGAAGAGAAGUACAUACAACACAAGCAGACGAACGAAGAGGAAAUGCUGGAUAUCGAAGACUCCAUACCAACAGCUUUCCUCGUCCAGAAACCUACACAUACUCCUAUGUUCGCGGCGCAACCAGAAGCUGUAGACAAACCACAGGAAAUCGUCAAAGUAGAAAACGUAGUAAAAAAGGAAGUCGAAAAAGAAGAACCAGAGGAACAGAAAGACCAACUAGUCAACAAUUUGGAAGAACUCCGCAAAUUGGCCGAAGCCGUCUCUUCUCAGCUCGACGCCGCCAAGAAAGCAGAAGAAAUUAAAGAAGAAAGAAAAAAGAAAUUAAGAAGGAAGAAGUUAUGGAACCCGAUGCUGCACAUAGCUAUUUAUACACUAAGAUGUUAGAAGGGAAAUGGUUC